AUGUCAAAUACAUCAAAAAUAACAACAACAACAACCAUGAAUACAAGCAAUUCUUCAAACUCACCCAUGGCAUCUUACCAAGAUAAAAUCACAUCUGAAUUAUCGCCUAGAAUAAUUAAACGAAGUAUUUCUGGUGAGAUUCAAAUGGAAGCGAAAACGUUCAUGGUUCAACAUGACAAUUCAAAGAAGAUGAGUCUAUGCGACACUGCAACAUUAUCUCCAAUGAAAUUUGUGAGCGCAGCUACCAUGGUCGUCCCGAAAAACACGACCAACGAUGCAAUACCAGAAAUAUCUGAUGAGGAAUUGCUUGAAAUGGCAUUGAUGUUGGAAAAGCAGCAGCAACAAGAACAAACUAUCAUCAUUAUCGAUGACAUGAAGCAAUAA